CUCAGCUCUCUGUACCAUGUGAUCACUGCAGUCACGUGACUGCUGUGAUGUCAGAGUGUCCUUUAGAGGGAUAGAAUCUAGCCGCUACCAGCCUGAAACCGGCGAGUUAAGGAAAUUUGUCAGAGGUGCUGGUUUCCUCUGAGAGAUGCCACUGCUGGUGAAAUGGCCGUUUCCUACACAUCCUCGUCUACACAGACGUCUAACCAGCAACCUGGUGAUGGGUCUUGUUGGUACUUACAGCUGGAUUUGGACUAAAUACAUGAAUCAUCUCAACGUGCACAAUAAGGAGGUUCUGUAUGAUCUGAUAGAGACACGUCGGCCAGAUACUCCUCUUAUCACCAUCUCCAAUCAUCAGUCCUGCAUGGAUGACCCGCACCUGUGGGGUAUUCUCAAGAUGAAACACCUCUGGAACCUGAACAAGAUGCGGUGGACCCCAACGGCUGCUGAUAUCUGCUUCACUCAGGAGUUUCACUCUUUAUUCUUUAGUCUUGGAAAGUGUGUACCUGUAUGUCGGGGUGAUGGGAUAUAUCAAAAAGGAAUGGACUUCAUUAUCGAGAAGCUGAAUCGUGGAGACUGGGUACACGUCUUUCCUGAAGGAAAAGUUAAUAUAACCCACGAAUUUGUUAGGCUGAAAUGGGGUAUUGGGCGCUUGAUAAUGGAGUGCUCCUUGAAUCCAAUCAUCCUUCCCCUUUGGCAUGUGGGAAUGAAUGAUGUGCUUCCCAACGACCCUCCUUACAUACCACAAAGUGGGAAGAAAAUUACUGUGUUGGUGGGAAGACCGUUUAGGAUGGCGUCUGUGUUGGAGCACCUGAGAUCAGAGGACAUAUCAUCUGUAGAGAUGCGGAAAGCAAUAACAGAUUAUAUCCAGGUAGAGCUGCACAAGCUGCAGUCCCAAGCAGAGGCACUACACCAAAGUUUCCAGCAGCAGAGAUGACCAUAUUAUGCCUUUUACCGACACAUCAUGUUCUCCAGAAACCAGCUGCCUUUCCUACAUAUACAGUCCUACGGGGACUUUUAGCCACAGGGACUGAAUACCAAGAGUUGAAUCUCACAGGAAUUCUCAAUAGUUGCUGCUAACUGGGACAUUGAUGAGGUGUCCAAUGCCUUAGCGUAUGGAAAAGAAAUGGGAUAGGGUUAAGUUUUUAAUAAGUAUGUUAGUAAAUUGCUCAUUCCUCUGUUACACGUUGCACUGAAAUGGUUAAAUCAACAAGUGACCUCAUUUGAUUUUUUUUUUUAUUUAUAAUGACUGAUCUCCUCUCCGUCAUCCACUGAGCUGUUGUGCGUUCAAAUGAGUAUUUUCUAAAUCUGGUUUUAGUCUUGAUGCCAAAAAUAUUUUUAAUAUAGUCCUACAAACCCCGCUACUGUUAACUGUUUUUUGGAAGAAAUUACUUUAGAAGAUACAUCCAAUUGCCAUCAAAUGACUAAAUAACUUAGGGGUUUUGGCCAGUGAAACAUAAUACAUGUUGUCUCUUUUUAAUAAAAAAAAAUACUCCUUUUUUAUACUAAUUAUUUAUUCUGUGGUUGUGUUUAAGAUAUUUUCCACUUAUACCCUUGCUUUUCCAAUAAAUUGAAUGAUUUUA